CCCUCGCGCGGGAGGGGCGGGGCGGGGGCGAGCGCGCCUGCGCGACGGGCGGCCUUUUCCUCGGUUCACGUGGCCCGAGGGCCGGUCUGCGGGUCUCUGCUGGCGGUGGCGGCGGCGGCGGGAGAGAAGAGCGCGGACUGCGGCGGCCGGAGUCAUGGCAGGACAGGCAUUUAGAAAGUUUCUUCCCCUCUUUGACCGAGUAUUGGUUGAAAGGAGCGCGGCCGAAACUGUAACCAAAGGAGGCAUUAUGCUUCCAGAAAAAUCUCAAGGGAAAGUAUUGCAAGCAACAGUAGUAGCUGUUGGAGCAGGCUCUAAAGGAAAGGAUUUCUAUAAUUGGCCUGAUGAAUCCUUCGAUGAAAUGGACAGUACACUAGCUGUUCAACAGUAUAUUCAACAGAACAUAAGAGCAGAUUGUUCCAAUAUUGACAAAAUUCUUGAACCACCUGAAGGCCAAGAUGAAGGUGUAUGGAAGUAUGAACAUUUAAGGCAAUUCUGUCUUGAGCUAAAUGGACUUGCUGUCAAACUUCAGAGUGAAUGCCAUCCAGAUACAUGUACUCAGAUGACAGCAACUGAACAAUGGAUUUUUCUUUGUGCAGCUCAUAAAACUCCAAAAGAGUGUCCUGCUAUAGACUAUACUAGACACACACUCGAUGGUGCUGCAUGCCUUCUGAAUAGCAAUAAAUAUUUUCCCAGCAGGGUUAGCAUAAAGGAAUCAUCUGUAGCAAAACUAGGAUCAGUAUGCCGUAGGAUUUACAGAAUAUUUUCACAUGCUUACUUUCAUCACCGGCAGAUAUUUGAUGAAUAUGAAAAUGAAACAUUUUUGUGUCAUCGGUUUACUAAAUUUGUGAUGAAAUAUAAUUUGAUGUCCAAGGAUAACCUGAUUGUACCAAUUUUAGAAGAGGAAGUUCAGAAUUCAGUUUCUGGGGAAAGUGAAGCAUGAUGGGAAUCAUAUAGAAAAAAUGUACUGAUCACGUAACAUUAAUUAUGUACUGUAUAUAUAUCAUUUUAGACACAUCAAUCAUGUAUCCAUAUUAUAGCUUCUUUGUUUAGUAUAGGUUUUGUAUGCUGAGUGUUGCCUUUUAAAAUGGGGAAAUACUUUUUAAGUUAUUCAUAAACUGUAUAUUCACCGGUGUGGCACUCAUGGUUUUUAAAUAAGAUUAGUAUUAUCUGUUUAUAAUGCCUGUUAAUAAAAGAAUUUACAGUUUGGUAAAAUUGCUGCUAAACAAUCAUUGGAUCACAGUCCUCAUCAAAUAAACCCAUCUGUAAAAAGAUGAGUGAG